UUUUCCCUUGGCAACCACUUCCUCUGAGCAUCAACGGCCAUCUUUAAUUGUAACUCAUUCAUGAAAAAGUUGUUAUCGAGCGUAUAAAAAAAGAGCAAGCCGACCCGUUUGCGCGCGGAGCGGCGUCGACGGCGCUUUUUGCGUGCAGUUCGCUGCGACUCGCACAAAGCAGAAGCAGAAGCAGAAGCAAGCCAAGCAGCACCGCGGAAGACACUGUCCGCAGAGAAUAAGUAAACACCGAGAGCGAUGAGAAAGAAGCAGACUGCCAAACAGAGGAAGACUGAGGAGACUACAGAAGUCCAAGAGUUUGUGGUGGAGAAAAUAAUUCGGCGGAGAAUCUUUAAUGGCAGAGUGGAGUACUUCCUGAAGUGGAAAGGCUUCACCGAUGCAGAAAACACGUGGGAGCCUGAGGACAACUUGGACUGUCCCGGGCUCAUUGAGGAGUUUCUGAGAGACGCUCAUCUACCCAGGGAGGCUGAAGAGGAGCAAAGUGAGCAGGAGUUCACUCCCAAAGAAGAAAUGGCAAAGCAGGAGACGGAAAUCUCCCAUGUGACGCCUCAGGAGCAGAAUAGCAGCGUCCUAAAGCCAGAUGAUGAAUCCGACGCCCCCACUGACCUCAGCACUUACCUCGAACCUGAAUGCAUCAUCGGCUCCACAGACCGAAAGGGAGAGCUCAUGUUCUUAGUCAAAUGGAAGAACUCCGACGAGGUCGCCCUGAUGCCGGCUCGCGAAGCAAGUGCCAGAUGUCCCCAGGUGGUCAUUGACUUCUACGAGCAGAAGCUGACCUGGCACUGUGGAGAGGGCGAGCAGUAAAUAUAAAUAAAUAAAAUGUGUGCUGAGGACUGUGGAUAAGCAGCUGCACUUCCACCUAAAGAUUAGUUUCUCCUCCAUCGAGUGUCCUCCAUCAGCUGACAUUAAAGGCACGCGGCAUGAAAUCACGUCCCGCUGCAGGUGGAGUUUCCCACUCUGGCAGCUGUGAGAUUCUCAGCGGGGGAUGAGGGUUUAAAGCACUGCCAGCUCUGCGGUGCUCAGUGAGGUUACUUUACCUCUGAGGACACCAAAAUGGAGACUAAAGCUAACUUUAGUUCAGAACAGCUGAUUUUUAUUUUAAUUUUGACUAACCUAUUGCUGCAUUCCUUUUCUGUGAUUAUGUAGCAGACUCGGUCACUGUGGUUGUGCUUUGUUUUAAGAUACUGUUUGUUUUUUUUCUGUAUUAAAGCACUAGGUACCUUGAAGUUUAAUGUUAGCAGAGUGAGCUAACUGCAGGUCAGUGCACAUUUACCACAUGUGUAGAGGUAAAGAUUAACCGUGGUUUUUUGGGGGGUUUUUUAGGGGGGUGGGGGUUAAUAUGUGUGGUGUGAAUUAACAAAAAGAAAUCAUUUUGUCUGUGUGACUCUAAGUUUAUUUUAAAAUAUUAAAACUAAUGUUUAAUAUUUUCCGAUUCAGCAAUCUGCAGCCUGUGUGUUACAGGCUACAUUUUCUUGAUUUGGUUGCAAUUUUACGAGAUUUAGGUGUAGUAGCAUUCUUUUUGCCAGUUGAUCAGAAGUGCACAGCAACAUGUGGGAGAGGGGCAGCAGUGAAAAAACUACUGCAAUUUACAAUUACGCUUUUUUAGGUUCUUUCAUCCAAAGUGUCGUCCUGGUAGAAUUAAGUUUCUGAAUAAGUUGAGUUUGACUCCUUUUAAUAUUUACCUUGUGAGCACCCGUUAUUAAAUGUAGCACUUUAGUUAAGAGACUGUACAUUUACAGAGCUGAGUCGCUGCUGGAAUGACUCAGCUGUUUGUAGUAGAUAACUGUUCUGAUGGCACUGAUGUGACUUUACAUAUCUCCCGUGACUGUUAUGGGACACCCAGCUGAACCUUAAACACACCUUCUGCUGUAACUGUUGACCUUAAUCUGUGAAGUCUGCAAAUAAACAAAACUUUUUAUAA